AUGCCCAAUAGUGACUCGUCCGGUGGUAUCUACUCCCCUAUUCCACAGGCAGUAUCUGGUUCGGAGAGCGAAGAGGAAUUGUUACGAGUUCUACGAGCAGCGGAUAAGGUUACGGUGCCGAUUAUGCUGAACGGUAUCGGUAUGAAGGACGAAAGGGAAAAUGGUGGAGCUGGUUGUUAUCCGCCUAGCCCCAGCGAUGUCGAGGAAGCAAGCGGUGUUUUCCAUGCCGAUAAUGUGGCCAUUCUUAACGAGGCAGGGCCUAUUCCCGACCACAAAAUGUCCACUCCGCGAAAGUGUUGCUUUAUCGCAUCGUUAGCGGUCUGCUGCCUUUCUUUGGUCACUUUUCUGUGGAUUAUUCCGUGUUCGGAUGAUCUGUCCUGCCCCGCAAGGUCAGAGCGCGUGAAGACUCAAAAUUGGAUAAGAAAUUACGAAAAAAUUGAGUUGAAAGGUGUUAUCAAUGUGGUGGAGGGUGUGCACGGAAAGAGCAAGAAUCUGGUUUUUAUGUACCGCGGCGAUAAGUUGUACCCAGAUUUAGACGAUUCGUACCACCGGCGGAACGGAAUCAUUUCAUUGGUUGGCAGCUCUGGCAAGGUAGCGUGGUACGACCAAAUGGUCCAUGAACCGAAGAGCAUCGACUGUUCGUUGCUCGAUGCAGACCGGAGUGGUUCUCCAGAUUGUCUGGUAUUGGAUGAGUACGGCCAACUCGAGUGCAUUGACCCACUGUCCGGUGAGUGGUUGUGGCGUGCGGAAGGCUACAACAAACGGAGCCCCGGUGUUGGGCGACAAGCCGAUAUGCUCGACUUUCCUCUACUCAUACCGGAUGUGGAUGGUGACGGCGUAAACGAAUUGUUGUUUGUGACCAGCUCGAGCGAAAUACGCCACAAUCGGCUAGUGAUGAUUUCCGGUCGGAAGGGUAUCACAAUCGGAGAUUCGUACGCCGUGAAGGAGUGUCUGUAUGUUCACAAGUUGACGCUCGACGGGUUGAACGUCAAGUUUAAUUGUGUGCGAGAUAAAAGUGAACAGCAGAAGGCAAAGUCGUUGCCAGAGCUGUAUAAAUUGAUCCACCGGAAGGCACUGGACAUGCGAAUCGUACGUCGUAUGCCGAACGGAUUGCCGCAACACAAGUUCUUCGGCCAGCGACGAAACACUGAAAAGCAGCGCACCAUCACGAACGUCGGUGGGAAACAAUUGGUGGUGGAGAACCGAGGUCGUUGCCCGGAAAAUUGUUCCACUUCAGUUCUACUGACCGAAGAGUCCACCGGAGAGGUCCUGUGGAACGUAUCUGGUCGACAAUUGUACGGAAUGCAGCCUGUUCGACUGACUUUCGCGAAUUUCGGAGCCGAUAACCGAUCCACCGUGUACGGAUUCGUGUUAAAAUUCUGGGAAUGGAGUCAGCGUGAUCCAGACAAUCGUAGCUCACGCUUCCGACGAACCGUCCUUGGAAUGGCUCCCAGUUUGAACCGUUUCGGACAUCAGCUCGUCCACCAGCAACCCUGGAUAGGACCGCCGGGGCUCGAUGCCAUCUCCAAAACCUCCGCUCGAGGUCAAAACCAAUCUUCUUCGCCACCGUCGUCACACUCUACGAACGGUCAUCGGUAUCAAGCGAGCGGUGCGUUCCGCAAUCGAAUGCGGUUUUUGAAGGAAACGGUCAAACUGAUUGUGUUUAACUCGACUGACAUCAAGAUCGAGAACACAAGUCAAAGCAACGUGAUACAGUUUUGCCGCGAACCGAUCAACAGUGGCGAUGCAAGCGAAGAGAUGUUUUGUCAGCCGGACCUUAACUACCAAGAAAACUCACUUUUGAUUGCCGACCUCGACGGCGAUGGAUCGCAGGAGUUGGUGUCAUACUAUUCCACGUUCGUUAAAACCGUGAUCGGCGAGUCGGACGGGAUGGGAAUCGGGAUUGGAGGUGGACCCGGUGUCACAAUGAAGCUCAAAACAUUCGUACAGUUACUUCGCCUCGAAUCAGAGUUGCCAAAACUGUACGCGACCAUGACACAAGAGAGCCCUUCCGGUAACACUAAGCAUCGAUAAACAAGAAAUGCCAAGGGCGAAAACGAAAAGGGAUAAAUCCCUUCGGAUCGUGUGAUUGUGUGAUCUCAUACCAACUGUAUCAAAGCAUUUAUGGUGACUUCAUGUUACUUGUUCUCGUAACGCCUUUUUCCUUCUACCGCACGAUGUACCUGUUUUCAAGAG